GUCGGGGGGAGUGGUUAGCCCUUUUUACUGCCUGUAUAUAGAGUAGACGGGGUCUGACGGAGCAGAUCCAGUGAGAGAGUGAGCAACGGGGACAAGAGAGGCUGACUUUUUACCUCUCCUCCAGUGGAUGACUUCCUGAGCAACACUUAAAAAAAAAAGAAGCUCUGCGGUUCUUUAUUUUAUCGGAUUACAAAACCAGGAUUUCUCCCUCCACUAAAGAUUUAUCAUGAAGCUCUUCCUGUUGACGGUGGCGGCGCUGCUCCUGGUGUUGGCAGAGAGCUCUGCAGAAAGAAUCCUGUCCAGAAGAACCAAGAGGGAGCUGGCCAGCCCGCUGCAUGUUGGAGGCAUCAGGGACCCUCAUGGCUCCUACUGCGAGAGGAGAGGAGGCUGCUGCCCCGGCAGAGAUGACGUGUGCACCGUUCCCUACCUGGACACAAUCUGCUACUGCGACCUGUUUUGCAACCGCACCAUCUCCGACUGUUGCCCUGACUUCUGGGGUCACUGUCUAGGCAUUCAGCCGCCUUUCAUAGGCACCUGUGAAAGAAAUGGAAACACAUUCUUUUCAGGGCAAACAUACAGAGAGAACUGCAAUUUAUGUACAUGUGGGACCACGGGACGCUGGGAGUGUGACCAGAACGCCUGUCUGAUGGACCAGGACAUCAUCUAUUCCGUUAACAGAGGGAGCUAUGGGUGGAAGGCAGCUAACUACAGUCAGCUCUACGGCAUGACUCUGGACGAGGGCAUCCGGUUCCGCCUGGGUACGCAGAGACCCUCCAGGACUAUUAUGAACAUGAACGAAAUGCAGAUGAACAUGGAUCCUCAGACUGAGCGUCUGCCGCUCUACUUCAACUCAACAGAAAAGUGGCCCGGAAAGAUUCAUGAACCGCUGGACCAGGGCAACUGCGCUGCAUCCUGGGCUUUCUCAACUGCAGCCGUGGCAUCAGACAGAAUCUCCAUCCAGUCUAUGGGUCACAUGACUCCUCAGCUGUCACCACAAAAUCUCAUUUCCUGUGACACGCGCAACCAGGGAGGCUGUGCCGGGGGGCGCAUCGACGGAGCCUGGUGGUAUCUCCGCCGUAGAGGAGUGGUGACUGAGGACUGUUAUCCAUACCAAUCCCCACUGAAUGCACCAGUGGAGGUGGGCCGCUGCAUGAUGCAGAGUCGCUCCGUCGGUCGGGGAAAGAGGCAGGCCACACAGCGCUGCCCCAACACACACAACUACCACAACGACAUCUACCAGUCCACACCGCCCUACAGGCUCUCAUCCAAUGAAAAGGAGAUCAUGAAGGAGAUUAUGGAUAAUGGCCCUGUGCAAGCUAUUAUGGAGGUCCACGAGGAUUUCUUUGUCUAUAAGAGUGGGAUCUACAAACACACUGAUGUCAGCUUCACCAAACUUCCACAAUACCGCAAACAUGGCACACACUCGAUCAGAAUCACCGGGUGGGGAGAGGAGAGAAACUAUGAUGGGUCAACCAAAAAAUAUUGGAUUGCUGCCAACUCCUGGGGAAAGAACUGGGGAGAGAACGGCUUCUUCCGUAUCGCUCGCGGUGACAAUGAGUGUGAGAUUGAAACAUUUGUGAUCGGUGUGUGGGGCAGGAUCACGAUGGAGGACAUGCACAAACAUCAUCACCAACAUCGUCGCCGACACAUUUAGAGACACAACAGAUGCUAAAACCCCACAGAGAACUUUCUUUUGAAUCCCACAUAUAGAUGUGUUUCACCCCAGAGGAGAACCCAGACCAAAGAGUCUCAGAACUUCAGCACAUCCCGUAUCUGUCACGUUGGCUGGGAUAGCCACACAAUUAACCCCAGAGGCCCUGAAACCCUCUCUUUUUAUACCUUACAUCACUCUGGGGAUCAAUACAACCCCUUGUUUCCUCCAUAUUUACCUUUUUAAGAGAAUAACCAUCCCCUCUCCCUGUAACUCAAGGUUUUUGGCACAAAAAGUAACAAAGAUAAACUCAAAUAAGCUAAAGCUCUUAAACAAAGCCUUACAACCUCAGGUACCAAUGAUCCAAAGACCACACUUCCCAGAAUCCUUAGUGUAACAUCAGGCGAUGUCAAAGUUCGGUGAUGACAGGAGUAGAAGCUCAAUCUUAUUCCUCUUUGUCCUUCUUUGUCAACAUAACCCUUUAGUCCUUUCUAAAUCUAGGAUCUAGUCCAACUCAAUUUCAGAAAGACAGUUCAGAAAAGAGGAAAUCUGAGAGCCAGAUUAUCAGACUUCAGAGACACACCCAGCCAGUGUGUAACAUGAUAAUGUAUGAUAGUUGACCUUACUGACAUUAACCUGUCAGCUAUACAGAGGCACAUUGUGGCUGAUUCCCUCACUUUUAGAGAGGACACUUGUAUGGAGUGUGUAGCCGCAGGCGUUAACAGUUUCUCACACAUUCCAGUAAAAACAUUAAAUCUGAAACUGAAAGCAGAAGAUUUGAUGUGGAGUAUAAUAUUACAAACACUCUGAUUUGGUAUUUUCUGAAGAUUUACAGUGCCACAGAAUAUAACCAAAAUGACUCCCAACACUGCUAAGAAAUCAGGCUUAAUCUUCAUUCCUUCUUCUACACGUUUAUACAGUGUAUACAGUGGUGACAUACAUAUUUUGUAUUUAAAGUAGAUAAAAGUCACAAUUAUCAAUGAAAAUGUAUUUAAAAAAAGCCAUACUGCCAUUCUAGACUCCCAAAUGUCAUCAAACAGAUGAAACCGAUGCGUAAAGAGGUUAGAAAGAUUGUAAUGCCUUAAAAAACAGAGUUGUUUUGACCACUGCAAAGAAACAAAGUGUUUGUGUAUAGUAGUCUUAAUUUGCUCCGUUCUGUGUACACUGUUACAAUGUGAGCAAAGAAGUUAUUUUUUUGUUGCAGUUAUAUUGUGAAGUUUUAUGUGACUACUUGUUUUCCGAUGUACUGUAUGUAGUAACUUUCAUAGCACACUCAUCACUCACUGUUGCUUUUCUGCUAUUGCUUAGUGAGGAGGAGGUGGGGGGGGGGAUUCUGCUGCUAAAGCCCAGUCCGUGCUAAAAGUCACUGCAGAAACUGUAGUUUCAAAUGUAAUAAAAACCCUUUAAACCAGCACAGAAAACACUUCCAAAUUAGCUGUUUGGCCUGAUGUCCUCCUUUUUAUUAUGAAAGCACAACAUGUUCAAACUUAUCAGAUGUGUGCUUCAGCCCUUUAUUAUCCUUUUCAGAGUUUCAGAUCUUUUUGGAGCAAAGCCUCACUUGGGUAAAAAAAAUCAUGGUGUAUUAUUACCCAUUACCUUAGAUCAUCCCAGUGCACUUCAGCUGUAACUUCAAAAGCCUUUUUCAUUUCCAUAUCAUCACAUCCUGAGAUCUUAAAGGUCCCUUUAUCCCCCUCCUUCAGGCGUGAUAAGCAGAUAGGCAUAAAAGCAAAGAUAAAUAUCUGCAGAGACAGUCAAUGUGCAAUGUGGUGGAGAGAUAAGCAGUUAAGGCUAGUCUCUCAUGCAACGUCCUGAAUCUUUGUUUUCAUUCUUAAGCGAAGAUACGGGAAGAUGGCAAGCAGCCCAUUAACACGCAUAAACCUCAGAUUUAUAAUGAAUGACACCGAGGAUGUAUUUCAAUCCGAGAGAUGUAAUUUUGCUUAUAUUAUGUUGUUAUUGUUAUCGUGUAACUAAAUGCUAUAUAUGACACUUAUGUGAUUAUGUAGAAGAGGGGUUAAAAGAAAACCUCUGAUCUGAGCAUAUACAGUACGUAUAUACUUAUCAAGUACAGAACAAUACUGGCCACAUUUUGAUUAUUUGUAUUUCAGAUGGGACCAAUGAUUUAUCUUUAUUACUAAAUAUUAUCUGCAAAACCCAAAUAUAUAUUCCAUAGGGACUUAACUAACCUUCAGCAGCAGUUUUCUCAAACAUCCCAUCCUCUCCUCCAAAACAAACAAACCCGGGAGCUGCAGCAGACAUCCACUCAGAAGUUGUGUAUUUUAUGUCAAAUGAACCACUCCAUAUUCACUGAUGUGUAGACUUUAUUUAUGACGAGAUGUGUAAAUUAUAUACUUUUAUUCCUUGUUUGCCUGUGCAAUGUUUUAUUAUCUUCCUGUCUGUUAUAUUGUGUUCACUAAAUGCAAUACCACAUUAGUGUUCACCUUUGUGGCGCAAUAAAGUCUUUCCCAAACGUA